GUAAUAAUUGUUUAGAGAAGCGAGUAGGGGGUCAAUAUAUGACAAGGAUGGCAGUGGACAAGAAAUGGCUUCUCAGGGGGAAAUAUGUAUCGGAUUUUCACCAUUGUAUUGCAGCCAAUGGACUCAUGCAUUCAAUAUCAAGCACAUUCUGGCGCAUCACAUCUCUUUAGCAGCAUCCCUGACACCACCUAGACUCUCUACCAUACUGUGAAUUAUGUAUUUUCUAUGAACAGUUCAGAAUCGAUACUAUUAAAGAUGCACCCACACCAAAGGGUUCACUGGAUCACGUCGUCCAAGUACUCCCGGAUCCGGCCAAGAGUGUCUUCUCGUACGUUUCCCGGGACCAUUUGUUCGGCCUUGGGCUUAAUGAAACUCAAAAGCUGCUCGAAAUUCGAGCUAUCGUUAUUCUGUAACUCGUUCAAUGCCAUUUGACUGAUCUUGUCAUACCAGCCACUUUCGUACAACUGCAACUUCAACUGCUUAUUGAUUUUGUCAUAAUUUCCCGAUGAAAUUAGGUGAUCCUGGAUCUUAGAUUUGAUCUGCUCGAGCUCUUGGUCCUGCUGGGUCAUGUUUGAAAAAGGAAAAAGUGCGACAACGGUUGAUACCUGAUAACGGUUGAUAAUUUGACAACAGCUGAUACUUGGGAUAUUAGGCCACCGAACAGCACUCAACUAACCAAUCGAAUGAGGUCAACUGAAUGAUUACUGGUAAAAUCAAGAUGAUGUUGACAAACAAAAGUUCCCAGGCCGCGACUCUCAAGUCAAUCCGAAAUAUCUCCAGAAUGACCAAACCUUCACCAUACAAGGCUCAACUAGUUUCGGUGGAAGACAUUCUGCAAGGCAAAUGGAUUCAAACUCGUCAGAUCAACUAUAAGGACCCAAAUGGUCAGGACCGAGUCUGGGAAAUGGCGGUAAGAACCACCAGAACUGAAACCACAAACACCGACGCUGUAUCAAUAUUAGCACUUUUAAAGCAUCCACAAAAACCUACAGAGAUCGUGUUCACCAAGCAGUUCCGCCCUCCAACCGGUAAGGUUGUGAUUGAGUUGCCUGCCGGGCUCAUUGACCCGAAAGAAUCGGUCGAGUCUACUGCCAUUAGAGAGUUGAUUGAAGAAACUGGUUACCAUGGUAAAGUGUUGAGUCUGACGCUUGACCAGGUGGAAUUGUUCAGUGAUCCAGGUUUAACUAACGCCAACAUGGCGUUCACCACAAUGGAAGUGGAUUUGACUCAACCAGAGAAUAUCAAUCCCCAACCCGAAUUGGAGCCUGGAGAGUUUAUUGAGACUUUUACUCUUCCAUUGACGAACUUAUUAGAUGAACUACUUGAUGUUUGCAAGAAAGAAGGAUGUGUUAUAGACGCCAGAUUAUACCACUAUGCGGCAGGAUUAAAGAUGGCACUGAUGACCCUGUAAAUUUUGUGGUUCAGGAUGGUAAAGACGUCUUUCUACACAGACAUCACCGGCAACCACACUGGUAUCAUAUAAGUUUAUAUCAUGCAUGACGUACGUACCAAUAAAGUAUUGCUGGAUUAUUGCCUCUCCAGUAUCUCACAAGAUCUCUUAU